AUUCAACUUAAAUGUCAUAGAAGUACGUCAUCUUCUGUUUGUUGUUAUUUCAUGCCUUUUUUAUGCAGAUUGAAUUCUUUGAUAGCUUAUAUAAAUGAUUUUUCCGCCAAGGUUUGCUGCAGACACUGUGCUGAUGUGCUUAUCAUUGCAGGUGAAGUAUAAGUAAACUGUGCUUGAAAGCCAAGACAGACAGAACUUUUUAGCACACAUAUCGACAGUAUGAUGGUGCUUAUGCGCAAUGUCUAUAUGUUUGUUGUUAUAUUGACGGGAUGUUCUAGUUUUUUCACGAACAUAGGCAAACGACAGGCUUAUAAACCUAAUCCCCCCGUGGAUGUCACACUGGGUGCAUGUAUGGUUGAUAAAGCGGUGAUACAUUGGGCACUGGAUUCAAAUUCUGCUCCUGUUACUAAAUUCUUAAUCGAGUAUAAUACUUCUUAUACUCCCAAUGUUUGGAUUAAUGUAGUCAACGUCACUGACCCACACCAGACUCAAGCUGAAGUUCCUUUGAUACCUUACAGAAAUUUUACAUUCAGGGUUAUCACGGAAAACGAACAUGGAAAAAGUGCUCCCAGCGUACAUACCAGGCCACCCUGUUUGACACCUAUUGGCGGUCCUUAUAUUACCUUUGAUUAUUUUGUAUCAAAAUAAAAUAUUUCAAAUCCAAA